UUGUCAAUUUUCCAAUAAAAUUUUGAAUUAAAAACGGGAAAUCCUUUGUUUGAUUUUUCCCGGUAUGAAAAUAUUCUUAAUAGAGAAAAACCCGUCAGUUAUGAAGGUUUUAACUCAGGAAUUUUUCUAGUCUACAUAUUUUUAAGCUUAUUUUGUUGAAUUAGGCUAUAUUUGGUUUCAAUCUUACUAGGUAGCAGUUAAAAAGGCAUACCUUUUGAUUGCACGAUUAUUGGGAAAUCUUUAAAUUAAUUGACACAGUGUAGAUACACUUUCAAUUAUUCAAUUUUUAAAUAUUUGCUUUAAAAGAACUUGUGGGUGAAAUGGGGACUGGUAGAACCUUUAUCACGAUAUCAGCAGUAUUUCUUUUAAUGUUUAGAAAUUUUAUAUUUUGCAGCGCAGAUAAUUUGCAAUUUUUUGAGGGUUCGUCAAUGGAGAUAACAGAUGCUACCAACUGUGAACAUGAGCCAGUGGGCAAAGGUGUGAUGACAAAGUACGUGAAAGUGAGCAAAUACAACCGCACCCAUCACCAUGUCUACUGCAACUUCACCAUACCGUUCUACUUCGAUGACAGUGUUAUGUUGGAUUUGGAUGUAAAAAGAAAAUUGUCGAGCGGCACGACAGUCAACGUAAUAAAAUUUCAAACAUCAUUUUGCAAAUUUCUGGACAGACACUUCAAGGAUGCUAUCCGAAAAAUGUAUGAAAGUGGAGGACACUACGGUAUUGAUGGCUGUCCUGUGCCUGCUGGUUCGUCACUGGAGAUAACAGGUGCUACCAAAUGUGAACAUGAGCCAGUGGGCAAAGGAGUGAUGACAAAGUACGUGAAAGUGAGCAAAUACAACCGCACCCAUCACCAUGUCUACUGCAACUUCACCAUACCGUUCUACUUCGAUGACAGUGUUAUGUUGGAUUUGGAUGUGAAAAGAAAAUCGUCGAGCGGCGCCACAGUCAACGUAAUAAAAUUUCAAACAUCAUUUUGCAAAUUUCUGGACAGACAUUUCAAGGAUGCUAUCAGAAAAAUGUUUGAAAGUGGAGGGCACUACGGUAUUGGGGGCUGUCCUGUGCCUGCUGGCACCUACGUAUUCGACUCAGAUCUCGACUUGAAAGUAACCAACAUACCCUAUACGCCGUUUGGAGAUUACCAUGCCACGGCCACCUUCUACAAGGCUGGUGUCAACCGCAAAAAGGUUCUCUGCAUCAAGAUUCUCUUCCAAAUCAAAAAGAAAAUAUCCAGUAACAAACAGGACAAUAUAUUUUCCAUGGAUAAUUCAUAGAUGGAGCUAUCACCGAAACUAAUAAAAGAAUGUUUCAAUUGAAAAAAUCCUGUAGGUUAUUUGAUAGAAAAGUGUUACUAUCAAGAAUAUGUAAUAAUUAUUGUUGAGUGUAAUGUAGUUGGAAGUGUUACCGAAUAUAUCUAUAAAAUGUAUGUGUUUAGGCUAAAUUUAACAUUCAUCUGAAUGUUCCUUUUGUCAGGCUAAAAAAACUUCAAGACCAUUAUAGAAUAUUGUCAAUCAAGGCAUUCAAUAAGCUGCCUGUUAGUGUGAGAAAUAUGAAUCAAGCCCGUUUUAAAACACAAGUUAAAAAACUGCUAACAGAGAACCCAUUAUAUAAUGUAGAAGAAUUUUUCAAUUUGCCCGUCGAUGUAAUAAAUACUUAUUUUGAGUGAUGAUUAUAUACAUGUGUAUGAAUUGGCUCAGUUAGUUUUAUAGGAUUUUAUUCUUGAUGACACCUAAUGUACAUUGAAAUGUAUUUAUUGGUGAAUUAACUUCUUCUAUUCUAUUGAAGUUGUAGAUAAAACAUGAGUGAAUAGGAUUGUCUCAUGGGACUAUAAUAAUAUUCAAAGUUUAUUUGCUAGAAAAGUAUAAGAACCUACAAAAUAGGU